CACUAGCUCAACUGCAAGGCAAUAAAUGAGCGUUUUUGAUUUAUUUCGUGGAUUUUUUGGGGUACCUGGAGGCCGACAUCGUGGAGAUGGCCGAAGCACUAGGGAUCCUUUCUUUGACACCUUGACUCAUGACGAUGAGGACGACGACGAUGAUGAAGGUGGUCAAGAUUUUUUCUUCGGUGGCUACGAGGGAGGCCAACAGGACCCGAAUGACGAUGCUAUGCGGUUCGGGUUCAGCUUCGGCCCGAGCGGCCUGCGCGUGCAGGAGCCGCAGUUCUUCGGCGAAGUCUUCAAGGAGAUGGAGGAACUGUUCGGCCAACUGGGCCAGUGGGAACGACGGUCAGAUUUUGGAAACUUUGGGGCCCCCAGCAUCGAGCCCCCCCCAGCUCAGGACGGCCCUGGGCAGGAUGGGGGAGCAGCAGGGGGGCGGUCCCUCAGGGACUUCAUGCUGAAAUCCCCAGAGAGCCCCCCUCAUCGGCCCUCUGAGCCCCCGCCCUCCAGCUCCCCGCUCCCGCACUGGAGCCCCUUCCCUAAGUUCGGUGACGUUUGGAGAGGAGGAUUGCUGAGAGGCAGGGAGGAGGAGGAGGUGGUGAAGGAGGACAGAGAUCUGGACUCCCGGGUCACCUCCGAAGGUCUGGACCAGAUUCUGACCCCAGGUUCGGCUCAGCCCAGGUUCCGGUCCUACUUCCAGUCGGUCACGGUCAGCAAAGUAGUCAAGUCGGACGGGACGGUGGAGGAGAGGAGGACAGUGAGGGAUGGUCAGGGUAAUGAGGAGACCACUGUCACACGCUCGGGCCCUGCAGAAAGCAGGGGGCCACAGGAUCUGAUAGGACCCUCAGCAUCCAGUCUGUCCCCCCCCUCGGCUGACCACAGGGACGAGGGCUCCAUCUUCGCCAAGUACUUUGAAGGAUUUAAGGGCCGAUAGGAGAGCGGGAGAAAGAAGAGUCUGAUGGAGGGCUGGAGUCCCUCACUCACUGCUCCUGUAAUUACAUCAGCUGCCUCUCCGUUGCCAUAGCCAGCCCCCUGAGUUCAUGUUGGGAAAAACACCGCACCCCUCACAACGGAAACCGGUGGCGUUUAACUCUUAAGAGCAUCGGCUUUUCUCAUGUCAGCCAAAGGGAAGAAGUUGAGUCGAGUUCAUUUUGUAGGCUUGUGUUCUCCUGUGUGGACCUGCACAAGCUGAUGAGCUAGAUAGACAGUGUUUUUUUUAUCUCCAGUGGGUGAAUUCGCUUUAUUGCAAGUGUAACCAAUGAGCUGAAACUCAGGAAAUGCGAGUAGGUGCGGAUCAUUAUUAACGAUGUGGUUCCUUCUCGUGUCUUUGACAGCUGGUUCCCUUUCAAUGUGUUGGGUUUAGCGAGUGAAUUAGACUGUUUUUCAGUUAAGUUCUUCAAAGCUCUAGGUUUUCAGAACCCAGAUGACCGUUCAGGCCAGGCCUAUUGGCCUUUCACGGUGACAUUGUACCACAAUAAAUCCAACCACAGCAAAAAAGAUUAUUUACUUAUUUUAUUGAGUCCUGCGCCUUAGCCACUUGGCUAUAGGUGAUGUAUUCAACAUCUCUUCCUCUGCUCACUGACUUAUGGAACAGUUCUCAGUGUUCUAGAACUCCACUGCUUUCAAUUAUCAGUAGUGAUUGUGACAUCAGCAUUGGAAUGCUCGGUCAAGAACAUUCUAAUCGCGUAUAGGACAGUUUUAAAGAAGCAAUGAUAAAUAUGCAUAUUUAAUUUUUUUGUAAAUUAUGAUUUAUGAAUUAUGGGAAUAAAUAUUGGUAUAUGCA